UUUAGCAAAUUUCGCAAACCAGGUCAAAAUAUGUUUACAUUUCGUUAGUUCUCAAUGGCAGAUAAUUGGUCUAACCUCGUAGAUUUGUGCCUAGGUCAGGCUAGGGAAGAGGUAACAAGUAAUACAAUACGUUAAAGCUGUCAAUUUAUAUCCGGAUUAAUAUAUUGGCAAUUUGUUACAAUAAUACACGAAUUCUCUUGGUUCAAUUUGUAUUAGUGCAUUUACAUAUUUGCUAACGAAAUUAUGAUUUAUGGCAAACGUUAGCGAAGACAUUAAAUGUAAUUGAAAUGAAUCAAGCAAUCAACACAACGUUGCGGAAAAGCGAUGCCAGCCAAACACGCAGAACUUCAACGCCACCCUACGCCACCCUUUCACUAUUUACGUAUUUUAGACUACAUACAUACAUAUAUAUAUACAUACUUACAUAUGUUUGCACAUAUGUAUUUAGAUGAAUGCGUAACUAAGCAGCGACAGACAAAUGAUAUGCACACGUUUUUAGACAAAUUCACUUAUACCAUCGAUUUUAAUGUAUAGUUUAUGUUUAUUUUCCAGAAGCGCAAUUCCCUCAAAUCGUUGCGUCGAGUUAGUGUAGCAUUUGCAGUUCCCCAAGCGCGGCCGGUACUAAAAUAUCUGCCCACAUAUCGUCUAGAACCGAAAUAUCCUCUGAAUAAGGAGGCCUGUGAGAAAAUCAUAAAAACGGUGAUGAACAAUGCUUUUGAGAACUUUACAUAUUCACCAAAACAAUCGCUGGUACUGUGCGCACAAAUUAGUGAGGAGAUAAAAAAUCGUGUAAAAUCGCAACAUUUUGACCGAUACCGUUAUAUUUGCGUCGUUACCAUCGGCGAGAAGAUAAUGCAAGGCUAUUGUUCUUUGGUCAAUUUCCUGUGGGAUGCGGAUAAAGACGGUUACAUUUCUUACGUUCAUGAUACACCAAAAUUUUUCGGUGUUGCUACACUUUAUUAUUUGUAUUAUGAUUAAAAACAAUAACUCUUUUACUUUAUUAAAAAAUAGUUUUACUUGCAUUAUAUGUAUGUAGAUAUUUGCUAAAUCAAUUACUAAAAUAAACAAAUUUCG